AUAUAUACAUAUUGUAUUUUUUUUUGUCCUCGAACGAGAGAGAAAAAGAUCAGAACAGAAAAAAAAAACGAACAUUUUCUCGUCGCUUGAGACGAAAGCGAAGAAAAAAAAAAAAACCCACGUAUUAUUAUUAUUAUUUCUCCUUACUGAAGUGCCCGAUUUAUUACACUCAUGUAUUUAAUUAACGUUAUGUUUGUAUUAUUUAGCACGUUACUACGGAGUAUAAGUACGAUAAUGAUAAAAAUGAAUCAUGAUAACGAUAAAAUUAAGGACGAUUAUAACGAUAAUGAUACUUCUCCUUUCUUUCUUUCUUUCUUUCUUUUUCGUAAAGAAACAUUACACGCAUUACAGACACGUACAGACUCUCUCACUGAAAGGAUCACAAUUACAGCAUGAUUUGUAAGUAACGGUUCGUAUGGUAAUGAUUAAAAAGAGAUAAAUACAAAUACAUUCUCGUCGUACUUUUCAUUUGUUUUUCAAUAAAUAAUUUUAUCCCUUGUUAAGAUGAACGACUAAAAAGAAAAAAAGAAAAAUUGUUAAAACAAUUGUUUAGAAUAUAUUAAGAAAUGUUUUAACAAUCGAUUACUAACAAACAAAUUGAAUGAACUGUAGCUACUUGUGGUGUUCACGUAGAAAUUUAUACAACAAAUGCAAAUGUUAUAAAUCUGUUCAAAUCAUUGUUUCUUAUAAAACUAAAUUAUGAUAUAGCUUUGUCACAUUUUUUGAGGUCAUUGUACGUUCCGUUCUUUUUUUUUUUUUUUUUUUCUAUUAUUGAAACGUCAAUUUCGAUCAAUAAAAGAAUACAUAAGUAAGUGCUUAUUUUUCGAUUAGGUUGAUCACUCCAUAAAGAAAAAUGUCAUCGACAUUUUCAUCGAAGAACAAGCUGAAAGUUCGAUAAAGUUAGACUGUAAAGUUCUUCGUCUACACGAAGAAUGAAUGUGUGUGUGUGAGAGAGAAAGAGAGAAAGAGAAGUGGAAACGUAUAGUAAGGGUCGAAUCUCCUGAUCAUAGUUUAGUAGAGCGGUGCGCGGCCACGAGCUCGGCCGCUCAUCGGCCAGCGCAAUGCUGUUUUGCACUUUUGUGCGAACAGCAUUUUCCGCAUCCCUUGGUGCCGUUGUUCAAAUAGUGAUCUUGGUUUUACAAAGUUCUACCACAUCGAGGGUUCAAGCUACUCUGCCACCUGGUGCUGAAGACGAGAUAAUUUUGAUCGAACAUCUACCUGGUCGUCGAGUUCAUCUACAAGACUUUUUUUGGACUGGUAUAGAUGACGCACCACCAUGGGUUGAUCCAAAUCAAGGUUUGACCUUCUACGAGACCAGAACGGUUCAUCACACUGUCACUAUUUAUUCUCCAAAUGAUCACGAUGGUAAAAGUGCUUCGGCACCUGCACCACCACAUGGAUCCAUUCCUCAGGGAUCUGAAUGCACGACUUGUAUUAAUCCCACUCCGCGUUUAGAUGAGGACGAGGACCAAGACAUUGGGAUUCUAAUUGGCGAAGAUCCUGGACCCAGGUACUGGUUAUUGACCGUUUUACGAGCCGGAGAAUCCGUACCACAGAAAGUGGAGUUAAAAUUGGCUCGUCUCUAUCGGACCGCAUUUUCAAGGCAACAACAACGUCAUCUUGGUCUUCUCUCGACCGAUCCUCGUGCUCGCAGAGCAACCGAACAACGUGGAUUCCACGAACGAAUGGCAACUGGUACGAUACUAAGAAAGUCAUUGAAAGAAAACUCAACGAUUCCGACAGAAAGUUCAAUCGAACUGAAGGAAGAGAGGAUGAUCGAUGUAUCGAAAGGAGAAAGAAAAUUUUUCUCGAAAUUUCGUAACAACGACAGUGAAAUUUUGAAUAAUGCCUUCAAUAACAAUAAAACUCAUGAAGAUUUAAAUGAGGAAAACAAUGAAAGAUCUUCGAAAAAAGUACCAUCGACUUUGAACUAUUUGGGUUUGAAAAAGCUUCGAUUAAGAAGUUUGAACAAACAGGAAGACGAUGACGUAAUCCUUAAAAAUUCGUCGUCGAUGAUUUUUAAGGAUCAGCAUCCAUUGAACUUCAGUUCAAGGUCAUCCGUCGAUUGGAGACGAACUGAAGAAGGCAAUAAGGAAGGCAUCAAUUUGACUGCCCGAUCAAAAUUACGUUCUUUGGAUGGCGUCGUACAGAUUAAAAUGCACAAUACGAGCAUAACAGAAAGCGAAGGUACUAGACUGAUCUAUUCCGUUCAUCUUGGUGGAAGACCUGUACCAGCUGAAACAGCAGCCAGAGACAUGGCUCUCCUUUCAUCUCAAGAAGUUGCUCUUGAACUUGGUGUACCUGUUAUUAUUCGAAGUGAACCAUAUUUAAAAGAGACAAGACCCUUAGCCCUUUCGAGAAAAAGGGACGUUUGGUUGCUAGUAGGAGCUGCUGGAGCUGCCAUAAUCUUGUUAGUCCUACUCCUUAUUGGUUUGGUUCUAAUAGCCAAGAGAAAACGAGCUCACAGUGCUGUUGUACCACCACCGAACAAAAGUAUACUUAAGAAGGAACGGGAUUAUGUUCUACCAACUUCUGGCCUUGACAACACAGCUUUCUUGACGCCUGACUCAGAAGGCAAGAUCGAAGGUACUAGCCAAAGGCAAACACCAAGAACCCUUUCGAGAACUCCUGAUACCACUGACAGUCUUCAUCGUAGUAUCGACGAAUUCUCUACGGACAACGAGGAAGAAUCUAAAAAACCUGCUGCAGUUAGUCCAUGGAGUAUCGAGGAACAAUCUUCAAGAAAAACAAGAACGACACAGAGUAGAAUGACAAGAACAAAUGCCAUCGAUCCACCUAGAACUCCAGAUUCAAUGGAUACUAUUGCUGAUCAUACAGAGAUAUUGGAAUCUCUUGAGAAUGGUUAUCCGAGGCAAGAAGAAAUUCCAGUCUCACCACGUUCUUAUCUGUCCAUGCCUUCUUGCAAGCAAUUUCCAAGUAUGCGAAGCGUCGAACCACUUUCGAGAGUACUCGAGCCAGUAACAGUCAAGCAUUUGGACGUAGACUCUCCUGAAAGUGGAAGACGCAAAGAUAAUGGCUAUGUCGUUCAUCAAAGAACCGAGAAAAUGGGUGAAACAUUUUUAACAAGAGCAGCCAGUGCCUCUAGAGAUCCUGGAGUCGUUGGGCCUAUCGUCUGGACACUGAAGAGACAAGGAUUAUCUACCGAAGGUAAUGGUACGUCCGAAAUAUCGGAUGUCGAACAAAUCUUCGUGGGAUCAGGUGGUCCCGUGGGUCGUGCAAGGAGACGCCUCCACGAACUCCUCGAGGACUCCUUCAGCCUCUUCGGAAGCAGAGACCCCAAGUCCAGAGAAUUUCAAACGACGAAUACGCGUCCGAGCUCUGCCGUACGCACGACGGAUGCUCUCACGAUAUUUACCGAAGGAAGUCCGACGUCAACGUCGCCAGCAGAAUUAAAUAUUCGACCUCGCACGUCCGUAUCGUCAAGAAGAAAUCUGGCAGAAGACAUUCCUGAAACUGGCCAGUCGAGUCAUACACGUGGUACUUGGGGUUCCAGACCACUCAGUGCCGGUCCGUUUCACAAACCUAAUCUACCAGAAGUGGAUACCAGACGUAUCCUAGCUGAUUCUCAACUCUCACCAGAGGAUCCAGCUGUACCUUUAAUCAGCAGUAUUAAGAAAGAACUGGAAAAGUUCUCUCCGCGAUAAUUAAUUAUUAACGAAACAGUUGAAUUUUACGGGACACCGUUUUUACUUCGUGAGAUUACUAGCUAAUUUCUAAAUUUAUCGAUAUUGAUAAUAAUUUCAAAUCAUAGCGUAUAUACGUAUUUGUGUCAGUAUUGAAAAAAAAAAGAAAAGAAAAGAAAGGAAAACGUACAUACACACAUAAGAUUAUUCAUUAGCUUUCAUUAAUUUAUAUAAAUCUGAUUUUGUUUUGAUCAGUCUUGAACAUGUAUCAUUGUAAAUACCAUGACUCGAUCUUGUAGGCACAUUAUUGUAAGUAAUUAUCAAUUGACGACCGACAGCGACGAAAGCACUGUCGUGAUGGAAUACGUUCGACAAUUAAAAUAUACACAAAUUUGAUUAAUGAGAGUAAAUAAAACUUGAUCGAUUUUAUUUUAACGCGAUACCUAACAACUUUCGACAUUAUUAAGAAUCAUAUUUAAGAAUAUAUUCUAUAAUACGUUUUUAUACUUCUAUCUUUUUUUUUUUUUUUUUUUUUUUUUUUGAUCGAAAAUUACGAGUCAAUAUAUUAUUAUAAAGUAUCAUACUUGUUUAAACAAAUACUUUACGCCAUUUUAGAUACUUCGACGAAUCGAUCGUUAUUGCAGAAGUCUUUGUAGGUAUGUUCGUAACGCAGUUUUAAAGUGUCGUAUUUUUUUACGAAAAAACUUAUAUACUCGGGAUGUGCUGGAUCCACUUCGACAAUGAGAUGACCUCCUGGUUUCAAUGCCUUGGCGCUGUAUUGUAUAAGAGGUCUGAUGAUUUUCAAUCCAUCUUCUCCACCGUCUAAAGCUCUUAAAUCUUCAUAACUGCGUAUAUUCGAAAGAAGAUAACAAAAGUAAACAAAAAAAAAAAAAAGUAUGUAUCUAUUCUUAAACCUUGAUAAUCUAAAUUUUAAAAUUACAUACAUUUUAAUUUCUGGCUCCAAUUUUAAUAUAUCCUUUGUUGGUACGUAUGGCGGAUUGCUAACUAUAAAAUCGAAACUUUUAGUUUCAAAAUUUAUACUUUCAGAAGAUUUUAAUGUACCAUCUUCUUCCAAUGUCGCUUGUAUGACAGUUACUCUUUCUUGCAAUCCAAGCUUACUACAAUUUUCUUUCGUUAAAUCGCAAGCAUGUGGAUUAGUAUCGACUGCUAUACAUUUUACCUAGAAUAGUAUGAAAUUUACUCCGAACUAUUUUAUAUGAUUAAAGGUAUCCCAUUUAUUUUAAUCACCUGCAAUAAUAAUAACAUUAUUCUUUUAAUUGUUUAAUUACCAUUUAAGUAAUUAAUUAAUAGAAAAUAAUGUACCUUGUUGGAGGAAUGUGCCAAAGCUAGCGAUAUCGCGCCAGAACCACAACCGAUUUCCAAGACUUCAUGAUUGUCAUCGUGCAAAUAACUCAGUCUUUUUAAAAUAAUAUCAACUAUUAUCUCUGUUUCUGGACGUGGAAUAAAAAUUGGUGGAACUAAUUUCAAGGUAAUAUCUCGAAAAUCCCAUUCACCGAUAAUGUAUUGAACUGGCAUCCUGUGGGACUUCAUUUUCAUGAAAUUACGUGAUUUAAUGUGAUGUAAAUAACGUAUAAGAAAUUUCUUUAUUUUUCGUACAGUCAUCACAUUUUACCUGGACAAUCUGCAUUGGCAAAGUGAUUCUAAUUCGUUCAAUUGAUCUUUCGUAAGUCGUUUAUCACGAAAAUUCGUCACGUCUAAGAGCUGUCAAAUAAAAUCAAAGAAAGCAUGAAAGAACUAUUUAAAACUAAGUAUUUCACACUUUUGUCUUAUUAAAAACAGGCUGCGCUUUUAUAGUUCACGUUUAAAAUUAGCGGGAAAAGUAAAAAAUAUACAAUUUGGCAAGUAGCCAAUAAGAGUGCGAAUAUAUUGGACGCCAUGACAGUAUAAAACAUAUGUAUAUGUUAUUUAGCCAUGUGAUUUCAUAUAGGUUAGAAAACAAAGGCGUAUUUUCUCGUGAAUUAUAUUGAGAAUUUGUCGGUAAAACAGGAUCUAAAGUAUAAUAGAUUGGUUUAUAAGUAAUAUAUAACUUUAUUGAAUGCAAUGUAAUCGACUAGGUGAACGAAAAAAUUAAAAAAUUAAUAUUUUUACCUUUUUUAAACCUACGACAUGUGCGACGAUGUGUUCGAUGGAUUCAACGGGUUCUGGUACAGCCUCGUUCUCAAACCGGUGACUCCAUUUUUCAACGAUCUCACCAACGGUCGGACAAUUCAUAGAAGAAUCGUUCGUAAAAGUACGAUACAAAGCAACAUUUCCUUUUUUUGUCAUGGCAAUAUUAUUUCCGAUACGCACAAUGCUCGUUGUCGUACUUUUGUUGAUUGCAAAAACACACAUAUUUAAAAUUCGCCGAUACGACAUCAUAUCUCAUACAAAGUAUACUGAAUGACGUGUUGUUAUUGAAUGACUAUGAAACAUAUUAUCGUCGAAGAGAGAGGCAUUCCUUCGAAAAUACCGCUAUCUAGCGGACAAAAUUUACGAUUGACUGACUCAUUCUAUGUAUUUCUCAAUCAACACAAUAGCUUCUAAUAUAGUAUACAUAAAGUUAAUAUAAAAACAAAUAUCUUUCUCUUCGUGAAUAUUUUGAUAUUAACGUAAACGAUCAAAGAACAUUUUAUGUUUACAUUUAAACAUAGAAUGACCCAGGAACGUCAAUAUAAAGUUUAAUAAAUGAACAACAGGAAAGAGAAGUACCACUGAAGUGUUCGGUAAGUUAUCGACCAAAGACGUUUAAACUCGGUCGUUAAGUAGUACAGAAUAGGAAACAUUUUUCUUCGAGUAACGUUCGAACGAAAGGCGCAGGCGCGAGUUCGUACUCGUCGAUGUUCGGUUGAUCUCGGAAAAGUAUGACGAGAGGCGGGGAGGAGUCUCACGCCGGGAUAUACGAUGGUGUAUCAGGGGGUGAGCGGUGAGAGGCGUGACAGUCGCGAGAGCACAUAGGGCAGUCGUCGCUGCUCUCGAUCGUAAGUAACGUGCGACGUCGAGUCUGGCAUGAGCGUCGUCUGCGCGACGCGAUUGCAUCGCGAGCUAAGAUCGUUGCGAGAGCGUCGAAACGACUGAUAGAGAGAGAGAGAGAGAGAGAGAAAGACAGAAAGAGAGAGAGAGAGAGAGAGAGGAAGAGAAAAAGAAAGAGAGAAAGAUAGAGAAAGAAAGAGACAAACGGAGAAAAAGAGAGAGAGAGAGAGAGAAAGAGAGAGAGAGAGAGAGAGAGAGAGAAAGAGAGAGGAAGGAAGGAAAGAAAGAAAGAGCGAGGCUUUUCUGUGCGCACGGGACACCGAUGUCGAGUGCGACGUCGUCCUCGAGCACGAGGACUCGCGUGAACGGGAAGAGGAAGAGGAAGAAGGUGCUGUUGUACGAAGAGGGUUCGUGUAACGACACGACACCUCGGCGUCGCUAGUUACCUCUCGUUGUCCAUUGCGUGCUUCACUCUCUCUCUGUGUGCGUGUGUGUGUGUGUGUGUGUGUAUUGUGUGGAUACGUGUGCUGCGUGUGUGUGUAUAUAUAUAUAUUUAUAUACGUGUGUAUAUGUACGUCGUGUAUGACGUGCGUGAGUGCAGUGCAACGAGUAACAGCACAUAUUCGGAAUAUUACGUUCGUGCUAUCGCUUGGUGGUUGCUCUUGUGUUUUCUCAAUGCUUAAUACCAACCUAGACGUUUGUUCCUCGUUAAGAAAAAGACUGGUCGUCGUCUCUCGUUGUGUCUUUCGUUUUACGUUCGUUCUCCGUUUUGAUUAGGGAGGAAUAAGGAAGGAAAAAACGCCGGCUAACCGGAACGCUCUCAACGUUCGGGGUUCUGUCACAAACCAGACACGAGAUUUGUCUGUUGUCGUCCUUGUCGUUUCUGUAUUGCUAUCUUUUUCUUUUUCUCUCUCUCUCUCUCUCUCUCUCUUUCUCUCCCUUUACUUCUGUCUGUCUCUUUCUGUCUCUCUCCUUCUCCCUCUCUUUCUUUCUCUCUCUUUCUCUCGUUUCUACUUGUCUCUUAUACAUCACUCUCUCUCUCUCUCUUUCUCUCUCUUUCUUUCUUCCUCUCUUUCUCUCUCUCUCUCUCUCUCUCUCUCUUUCUUUCCUUUCUCUCUCACUCUUCACCCGACACGACGAACACGAACGAAUGGGCGAACGGAAAUACGAGCGAUCGAUUGGCGCUGUGUUUGGUGGUAGUGGCCGCUGAGUACGAGAAAGGUACGGUGAAAAGUGACAAGUAGACGAGAGAGUGAGAGAGAGAGAGAGAGAGAGAGAGAGAGAGAGAGAGAGAGAGAGGGAGAGAGAGAAAAGGAUAGACAUUCGGCACGUUAUCUCUCUCACUUCCUUUCUCGCGUUCUUUUACGCAAUGAGACAUAGACAGUGUAUUACGAACAUAUUUUAGUGGUUAGAGAGAAACAGAAAGAAAAAGAAAGAGAGAGAGAGAGAGAGAAAGAGAAAAUGAAUGAUGGAAAGAGAUAGAUAAAAAAAGGAACGAAAGCAAGAGAGAGAGAGAGAGAGAGAGAGAGAGAACGCAAAGUGCACGGCGAAAGUUGGGUGCGAACACAUAGAUGAUUUACCUCCUACGAUAUAGAUAGACAGAUAGUUACUCGCACGUGUGAGGAGCGCGAGUCUGACGUAUCAACGAACUCUCCCUUUUAUUCGAUAUUAUCAAAGCAAUCGUUCCGAUUUGUUGAAGGUGUAUGUUUUUAAAUAUCCCGCCAAAGAUUCUCAAUGACAUUAAUCGGAGGAAGGACAAAUAACUCGCAGUGGUCAUCGAUGAUGACACUGUCAUUUCCGGAUAGUUAGAUCCGAUCAUGAAGAAAACAACGGGGGAAGUUGUUUCGGCCGGUGGUUCACGCCCUUGCGGCUUCUUCGUUCACGACGAAGCGACAACAAUAACGAUUACGGGUACGGGUACGGGUACGGGUACGGCGGGUACGACGACGAUCGAGCAACAACGAUCCAACGAAUCUAACGUGCCGGCUCGAUAACUUUACCAUCUCUCUAUCCUUUAUAUAUAUAUAUAUUUCUACACACACCACACACACACACACACUUACGUACACUUAUACAUAUAGAUACACCGACACAUACACACGCACAAGCAUAUACUCGUUUGCUGAUUCCAUACACUCAUCCUACUCCCCCUACCCUAUCCUUAUUCCCCUUACUCCCCUCCCCUCCUCCCUUCACCCCACCAUUUCCAACUUCAACCUAUCCCCUUCCAACUACAGUACUCCCAAGCAGCCAAUGUCGAUGCUCGUAUUUUGUCUGCGUUCUAUGUAUUUGUUCGUUAAGUCUACUACGUUGUGUGUGUUUUACCGUGCGUAUUCGUUGUUGUCGUUGUCAUCGUCGUCAUCGUCGUCGUCGUCGUCGUCAUCGUAGUAGUAGUAGUAGUAGUAGUAGUAGUAGUAGUUGUAAUAGUAGUAGAACGUACGCGUGUCGAUGACGAGUCGCGCGCGAUUUUUCGAAGUGAGAAAAACGCUACCUUCGUGUCGGUGGUGAGUACGUUCUUUGUGGUUUGUUGGUUAUACAGAAAGAAGAGAGAAAGAUAAAAAAAGAGAGAAAGAGA